AUGAGUGAGGACAAACCAGCCGAGACUGUGGAAAGUACCCCAGCUGAGGCGAAUGCUAUUCCUAACGGGAAAGGCCAUGAGCCUGGGGAGGAGAUCACAGCGUCGGCCAAAACGCCACCUACAGAGGACGGGGAAAAUGCUUGUAGGGAAACUGUAGCCAAUAGUGCCCAGAAUGCUAGUCCUCACAGAACUGAAAAUGCAGAGGCCAACCUCCCAGAGAGCCAGGAGUUCUUAUCAGGCGCAGAGGACAAGAAGACGACGCGCUUUACAGACUUUGAAGGAAAAACAUCAUUCGGGAUGUCUGUCUUCAACCUGGGCAAUGCAAUCAUGGGAAGCGGAAUUCUCGGACUUGCCUACGCUAUGGCCAACACGGGGGUCGUCCUUUUUUUGUUACUCCUCACAGUGGUCGCAGGGCUUUCAUCAUAUUCCAUCCAUUUGCUGCUAAAGUGUUCUGGUAUUGUAGGUAUCCGUGCGUACGAGCAGCUCGGCUACAGGGCCUUCGGGACCCCGGGGAAGAUGGCGGCGGGUAUCGCCAUCACGCUGCAGAACAUUGGAGCCAUGUCCAGUUACCUCUACAUAGUCAAGUAUGAGUUUCCUUUGGUCAUCCAGGCGUUUCUGAAGGUGGACAAGCCUGCAGGUGAAUGGUUCAUGAAUGGAAACUACCUUGUGAUCAUUGUAUCCGUCGCAGUUAUAUUACCGCUGGCUCUCAUGAAACAGCUGGGAUACCUGGGGUACACUAGUGGCUUCUCACUGAGCUGCAUGGUUUUCUUCCUCAUCUCUGUCAUCUACAAGAAGUUCAAUAUCCCUUGCCCAUUCGUGGACUUUGCGAUUAACAGCACUGCCAGUGUGAUGAACGUCACAGACCCUGGUGGGGAGGACAAUCCUGCCUGCAUCCCCAAAAUGGCCAACCUCAACUCACAAACGGCCUACACCAUCCCCAUCCUGGCGUUCGCCUUUGUGUGCCACCCCGAGGUCCUCCCCAUCUACACAGAGCUGCGCAAUGCCACCAAGAAAAAGAUGCAGCAUGUGGCCAACAUCUCCAUUGCAGUUAUGUACGGCAUGUACUUCCUGGCUGCUCUUUUUGGAUACCUAACUUUCUAUGGUGAAGUGGAGGCGGAGCUGCUCCACACCUACAGCCGCAUCGAUCCGUACGACACUCUGAUUUUGUGUGUGCGUGUGGCCGUGCUCACUGCCGUCACACUCACUGUACCGAUCGUACUCUUUCCUGUACGAAGAGCGAUCCAGCAGAUGGUGUUUCCCAACAAGACCUUCUACUGGCCUCGUCACAUCGCCAUCGCCUUCGUUCUGCUCACUUUCAUCAACCUGCUGGUCAUCUUUGCCCCCAAUAUCCUGGGCAUCUUUGGGGUCAUUGGUGCCACGUCUGCCCCUUGUCUCAUCUUCAUCUUCCCCGCUGUCUUCUACAUUCGUAUUGUACCCAAAGAAGAAGAGCCACUGCGCUCUGUGCCCAAAAUCCUGGCCGCCUGUUUCGCUGGGAUUGGCUUCCUGUUCAUGAUAAUGAGCCUCAGCUUUAUCAUCAUUGACUGGACAUCAGGCACCAGUAAAGCCAGCAGUGGUCACUAGACAUCACCUUCCAUCAUGUUUUUUUUUUUUUUUUCAGGUUUUAUAUUGUUGAUUUAGAUCAGUGUUGUAAUUUUACUGUUUUUACUUUGAAUCAUGUUUGAUGUUGAAGAUGCCCUAUCUUUUUUUUUCUUUUUCCACUGGAGAAUAUUGGCCACAGAGUGUGAAGUUGAGGAAGUCUGUCUGUUCUCAAACACUCUCACUCUGAUGAGGUUAUGUUGUACUGUACAUCCUGCCAAACAGCGACUGCAGAUCCAGGCCAGUACACUUUCUUGGGAAGCUGACAGUGAAUUCGAUGAGAGGCCGGGCACAUAAAGAUCGAUGGGGACACGUGGAGGCUGUGCCUUGUGAGAAGGAUGUUAGAAAAAUAACAGAAAAGUGACAGUGUAGAGAGCUGCUGUCUUUAAAUAUGGUUCUGAGCAUCUGCCUCCUCUUAGUUUCCAUGUUGAUCUAUAAUCUAUAAACAGCCACUUAGAUUGUAUUGCACAAUCUGAGCCGCCUCCCUUUUAACUGUUAAAUGAAAUUUAUUGAAAGACAGUUCUUUUAUAAUUGUUAUGUCUAUUAUUAUUAUUAUUACUAUUCUAAGUUAUUGGAAUAACUACAUUUUUUCCAUUAUGUGCAACAACAGAAGAACGUAAAAGCAAAAGCUACUGCACAGAUGGAAGGACACGAUUAAAGGAAUAGUUCAGCAUUUUUGGAACUACGCUUACUUGCUUUCGAGUUGAAAAGAAUGACAUCAUGUCUGCACAGUGAAAAUGUCGCUACAGCUGGUUAUUUUAGCUUAGCAUAAGAAGAAAAAGUUGAACUGUUCCUUUAAGGUGUGCUGCCUUUAGCUGCUCCUCCACUAACUUGUGCUGCUGCUGUACAUGUGACGUUUCAGAGGCGUUAAAACUCUCACAUCUAAUAGGGCAGGGUGUGAAACUGCAGAAUAUGUGGCACAGUGAGCACAUUUAUCAUAACAUUCCUACACAAUAUGAUCUAGAUGUAUAUUUUUUAUUAUUAAUCUCUACUUGAUCAACACCUCAGACGAUGCACUGAUGGGACGAUCUUCAGCUCAUGCUAACUGAGGCAAUAAAAUAUCACAGAGACAGCUUGUAAACAAGAGCAUUUUAAAUGGUUCUUUGGGUGUCCAGAUUACACACUAUGUAAAAGUAUGCCUGUAUUGUGCAAAGAGUCUUUCUUUUUUUCAGUAUUACUGCAAAGGUGACAGUUAUAAAUGGUACUGAAGACCUCAAAUGUUGGAUUGUACAGAACUGAGAGACGAGUAAAAUGAAGAGUGUUUCCUCUUACUGAGCAGGGAGGGUUUUUUUUGUUACCUGGAAGAUUUGAUGCGUUGUUUCUGAGCAUUUACUGGAAGUAAUCAGAGAUAACCAAAACAUGUAUAAAACAGCAACAACAACAACAACAGGGUCACUUGGCCAAGUGCUUGGUCAGAGUUUGGCGUCUGUAAAUAUUUCUGUGUCCAGCACGAGAUUGAUUCCUAACAGAAAUGACAGACGUGGGACGUCUAUCUCUAUAACAAUCUUGAAAUAGUUGGCGGUUAGCAAUAGCACUUUCCUUUAAUAAGCACAACCUCUUGUAGCCGUUAAUAAGGUGAAACGCAAACAAGACAUAUUUGAUAUAUGUGAUUUGAGGGCACGUCCCUUCGUAUGACUAAAUCUUUGAGCAGUUACUCAAUCUAAUGUAGUUGAUGAAUUAGUAGCGUAUCAAUGGUUGUCAGACAUUACUUGAAAUUGUAACAUUAAAGUUCCUGUAAUCGCCCCUGUGAUCAUUAUUUCCCUCCUCUGGUAUGUUCUUUUAAAAUACAACGACUAAUUAAUUGGAUGUACUGUUGGAGGUUUUAAAAUGUCUGUGUUGUUGGGGAAAAAAAAAAAAAACACAACAAAAAAAACAGAAAACAUGGCUCCCACUGUAUUUGAACUAUUGUACCUAUAUGCAUUUUGUUGUGUUGUUUAACCUGAACCCUGAUCAGAAUUCAAGUGUCUGUCUUCUCCCAUUUAUAGAUAAACUGUUGUUUUAAACUUCAUGUUUAACGUGUAUCCGGAUGUAUCAGUUGAAUCUGAUUCAGUGAUGAAAUGCAAGAUGAUUGUUUUUUCUUACAUUUGUCUUUUUCUAGUCGUUGGUAUAUCACGAGUGGUGUAGAUGGAUCAUGUCUGACUUCCUUCGCUGCUUCUCGGCAGACAGUAACCUACUAAUUUGGAGUUGUCAGUGAGCUGGUGUACUUGCCUACAUUUCAUUAUUUUCAAUGAUAAAUUCUUUUACACCAGACUACUUUAAGUGCUGUAUGGGUAACUGAAAAUGGUCCUGUCUAUUUGUUACACAUCGAACCUCUUUUAAUCCAUUUUCAUUUUAUUAUGUCCACAUAUUUGGUUGUCUUUAUGUAUCUGUAAGCAGGGGAAUCAUCUCUGUCAGCCACUGGGGCAUAACUUAGUGUUUGUUGUUGUUAAAGCAAUGCAGUUUUUAUGUUUAUCCCGACUUCUUCUUCUUAGUUUGACCUUUUUUUUUGUUUUGUUUUUGGCUGCGUCGAGCCAUGAAGUUAAUAAAAUGAGUGUCAGAAACAGUUUUUAAAUGUUGCACACAUGCAAAACCUCACAACAUGCAAAAAAAACUAAAAAUACAAAUAAACAAAGCAACAACAUGAGGGGAUACACUAUGUUAGUGGCUGAUAUAAGAUGAUCUCUGAGGACCUCUAGUGUUGUUUGUCUCCCUCUUUGUGUGAUUUAUGGAAAUGUGUAUGAUUGAAUAGUAACAUAUUAAAUAUUGACAUCGGCCAGCAUUUAUAAAUAAUGUAUAUAAAUGUAUACCCUUUAUAUUCUAUAUUCAUAUCUAGUUUGUAUAAUGUAAAUAGCAAUUAAAGUUUUAGUCCAAUUAAAAAUAUAAAUGUAAUCAUUUUCAAAGUGCUUUUAAACCUUUUUGUCCUUCAAUUCAUGUCUAUUUUCUUGUAUCUCUAUAUAUUUUAAUAUGUUGCUGGCAGUUAUUGUACUGUAAACAAUGUUGCAAUAAAGAUAAUGGGGUAACAUAA